UCAUGAAUGUAAUCUCCCCGCUGGAGCCUUGAUGUCCAUGGACUGCUUCGAUGGCGCUCGGCCCCCAGACCUCGCCGGACUUGAGCUUGGCGGUGCCACGCCUAGGGCCGGGGGCCAUGUCGCUGAAGAGCCAGCACAGCCCCGCUGUUGCAAGGUCAGCGCCCAAGUUGACUUGGCGUGACGAGCCCCCGGAACCCCGCCCCAGCGGGGAGACGCGGCGCGUCGCCUUCGCCCGCCCGAAGCCCCUGCCGCGGCCGGCACCCUCGCCGGCGCCGGCGCCGGAGCCGAUGACGCCCGCCGAUUGGUCCGGGUCGCUCCGGCGCGCGCCGCGGACCGCGCCGCGGGCGCGGCCUGGGGGGUCGCCGGUGCGGUCACGGGCGCUGCGGGAUCUGGCCCAGCACCUGGGCUUGGAGCCGGAGGAACGGCCGGCAAGGCCGAGGCGGCGAACGGAACGACGCAGCCCAGCAAAGGUGCCCGAAGGGCAAGGAGAGCGUCGGUUGUGGGAGGUUGAAAUGCUACAGCCUUCGGCGGAGCCAUCGGCAGUUCCGGUGGAAGCCUCUGAUGCUUCUGAUAGCCUUCUUGACUAUGCCUACCACUGGCCUUCGGAGCAGGAGCCCUUGGGGCCCGUGAUCCGAAGCUUGGAGUUCCAGGUGAACGCGUUGUUCGAGCUCAUGGAGGCUCACAGCUUGGAAGCCGAGAGUAGCGUGCUCGAGGUCAUUGAGAGGAAGCGUGAGGCUGUACACGAGACCUUCCAAUGCUUGAAGGAGGCUGUUUGGUGGAGCAGGCGCCGGCCUCGGCCUCACCGCCUGGGCCCCGAGCCCGAGCGGUGCCGGAGCGGUACCGGCUCGGUGUCGGCGGGCCUGGUGGGUGGACUGAGUCGCACGAUGGGCCCAAAGCUGGCGCAGAGCUUUGCUCCAGGCGAUACCUCUGGGCUUUCAGAGCUGGAGGCCCUACAGUCGCAGCUGGAAGCUCGAAUUUCACAGGUGCAGGAGGCGGACGGCUUGGAACCACCGAAGUGGGCAAAUACAACUCAGCUGGAGGUUCCAAGUGAACAAAGAGAUAUGGAGCGAAGGUGGGCCAGCUCGGGCGAAGGCCGCGGGACGUGGCUCCAGGAGCUCCAGGCCUCCUGGGCCGCCGGCGCCUGCGCGGCCAGGCCGGUGCCGGCCGAGCAGCGGCCGGUUCCGAAGAAGGCUGAGGUGAAGCCGGAGGUGACCCUGGAGCCCCUUGCAGUGAGUGCUACACAGAGAGAUGUAGGCUUGGUGCUGACGCCCACCUACUUCCACUUCAGGAGUGAUGAUUGAGGUGGUCCGAAGCGAAGCUGGUGUUGGUUUGGGUUCGGCUGGUGAAAUGCCCGGCAGUGACCUGCAUGGUGAGGUGAGGAUGAAGAAUUCAUGUGGACCAGCGGCUAGCUGCUAGCUGGCAGCCAGUUUGGGGCGUGGGGAAGAACCAAGAGACGGAGUGCAACUCCUUUUUUUACUAGACUCCGUGAUUGCACCGAAAAUCGGUGCCUGUCCAGCUCGGCUCACCAGCUAAUUACAGGAAUUCAUCAAGAAGAAUGCAUCCAACCAAAUCGCACGCAUCAACUUCUACGUCAGCGAUUGUCAAGACGGUGUGCCUGAAUCUCUCCAAGUGGUGGUUUGCCAAGAACAAUGCCCCUUGAUGUUUCAUUCCUUCGAGAGCCUGCCUUGCCACGAACAUGCAGGGGAACUGAGACAGUUUGACAACUGCUUCAGGUGGAGUCAUGAGCGAGAUGUCUUCGACCUUGACUUGACCCGCGACUUCCGACUCCUGAGCAGGCCGAGCAUGUGUGUGCCAAGCGCGGCGGAUUUGGCCAUUCCGCAAAGAUCGGAGGCCAACAGAUCUGUACAAUACAAACGUGUGUCCUUCAGCUGCCUGCUUUUGUAGCUCAUGGUAAGCUUUGCUACACAAACUUCUUC